GCGCCGUUAUCGUACUACAGAUCCAAUUGAACUUUUAUUGGUAUUUACCCCGACCUGCCUUUUGCCCAUUCCCCCGUAACACAAAGAGAGCCUUCACAUACUAUGGCAUUCUUGUUUAAGCGAAACCCGAAGACACCCGGUGAGGUGGUGCGACUGUUGAACGAGCAGGUUGCCAAGAUCGACACCACCAACGAUAGACGAAAGGACGAAGCGGCGAGAUACUUGAAACAGAUGAAACUCAUUUUACAUGGCGACGAUGAAACGGAUCCCGUGCCCGACCAGAUUGCGCAACUAGCGCAGGAGAUAUAUCAGACGGACACUUUGUUUGUGUUGGUGGACCACCUCGGGAGCUUGGACUUUGACUCGAGAAAAGACGUGGUUACCUUGUUCUCCUCGUUGCUCCGACGGCAAAUAGGGAGCCGUGCUCCCACCGUGGAUUAUCUCUUGUCCAAGCCUAAGAUCCUCCUUUUGCUCCUAAAAGGCCCGGAAAAUCCAGAAAUCGGCUUGGUCUGUGGCCAGAUCCUCCGCCACUGCAUCAAGUUUGAAGGAAUCACACGGUUCGUACUCCAGGAGCGCUGUGUCUGGAACUGCUUUCAGUAUUGCCAGCUCAGCACGUUUGAGCUCGCAACCGACGCCUCCAACAUCCUUUACGACCUCCUUACCGUGCACAAGAAACCCGCCAGUGAGUUUUUAACGCAGAACUACCAGUACGUCACGCUCCACCUCAACCGGCUCAUUCAGCUGACAAACUACGUCACCAAGCGCCAGAGCGUGCGCUUGUUGUCCGCGUUAAUCUUGGAAAGACAGAACCACUUCUUCUUGAACAAGUACGUGGACGACCCCAACAACCUCAAAGUUGUCAUGCUUCUCCUCAGUGACAAGUCCAAGAAUGUUCAGAUCGAGGGCUUCGACAUCUUCAAAGUGUUUGUGGCCAAGCCCAAAAAGGAAAAGGCCAUCUUAGACGUGUUGAUCAAGAACAAGGAGAACUUUAUUAAGUUCUUUGAAAAUUUCGUCAUCGAACGCAGCAGCGGCAACCUGACGUUGAUCGAAGAACGCGACUACAUUCUCAGCGAGAUCAAGAACUUGCCUGACAUUGAGCGGAGAUCCAGUGUUCCCCUGGUGUCUCAAGAGGCUGACGAACAGGUGUAUGGCACCGACCCUUAGACGGUUACUUUUUUUAAAGAAAAAAAUAGUGUCGACAGAUUACGGAAAAAUAUGGAGGUUGUAACAUUAUUCCUAGGGAUAUGGUGUUGCCAGACUUGCAUGUUCCUGUCAUAUGCAAAGUUUACACUCGCACUCU